GAUGGCGCCCCGGCGCGCGCGGGCCGCAGGAGGAAGCGCCAGAAGGAAAAAAAAGAGAAGAAAUCUAAACACAGCAAGAAAUCCAAGGAGCAGAUACCUCAAGCAGAGGAAAAUGGUUUUUCUGAAGAUGACCUUGAUCCUCCUCAACCCAAAAAGAUUAAGGAAAACAAAACAAAAGUGAAUGGAGAUAUUAAAAAAAACAGCUCAGAGCAAGAGAAGUCUUCCUCCACAAGCAAUGGUUGUGUUCACUCAGAAACUCAGUGCAAGUCUAGCGAAACAUUGAGUGAAGAAUGUGAUAGUGAUCAAGAGGAGGAGUUGACUGAAGAAGAAAAAGAAGGUGCCUUCUCCAAUUUUUCUAUCUCUAAAGAGACUGCUGAGCUUCUGAAAGCUCGAGGAGUAAAGUACCUGUUUUCUAUUCAAGCAAAGACCUUCCAGCCCAUAUAUGAUGGCAAGGAUAUGAUAGCUCAGGCUCGAACUGGAACUGGAAAAACAUUUUCUUUUGCUCUUCCUUUGAUUGAAAAACUUCAGGGAGCCAUAAAGGAAAGGAAGAGAGGCCGUCCACCAAAGGUGCUAAUUCUUACUCCAACCAGAGAGCUGGCAAACCAGGUAGCCAGAGACUUCAAAGACAUCACAAAGAAACUCACAGUGGCUUGUUUCUAUGGUGGAACACCAUAUGGUGAACAAAUUCUUCAUAUCCAAAAUGGCAUUGACAUCUUAGUUGGAACUCCAGGUCGAAUCAAAGACCAUCUUCAAAAUGGCAAGCUGAGCCUUUCCAACGUGAAGCAUGUUGUUCUGGAUGAAGUUGAUCAAAUGUUAGACAUGGGCUUUGCUGAGCAAGUAGAAGAAAUUUUAACAUUUGCUUACAAGAAAGAUUCUGAAGACAACCCCCAGACACUGCUGUUUUCUGCAACUUGUCCACACUGGGUAUACAAUGUGGGUAAGAAAUACAUGAAAUCCAGUUAUGAACAGAUUGACCUCAUUGGAAAGAAGACUCAAAGGACUGCUGUGACUGUAGAUCACUUGGCUAUUGAGUGUCAUUGGUCUCGGAGAGCAGCCAUUAUUGGUGAUGUUAUUCAGGUCUACAGUGGCAGUCACGGACGGACAAUUAUCUUUUGUGAGACCAAAAAGGAGGCAAAUGAACUAGCACUGAAUACUUCAAUCAAACAGGAUGCCCAAGUCCUGCAUGGUGACAUUCCACAAAAACAGAGAGAAAUCACAUUGAAAGGUUUUAGAAAUGGUGUAUUUGAAGUCCUUGUUGCAACCAAUGUAGCUGCCCGGGGUUUAGAUAUCCCUGAAGUUGACCUGGUUGUACAAAGUUCACCGCCAACGCAUGUGGACUCAUACAUCCAUCGGUCUGGGCGCACAGGUCGAGCUGGACGGAAUGGGAUUUGUAUCUGUUUCUAUCAGCGAAAGGAAGAAGAUCAACUUAGACAUGUAGAACAAAAAGCGGGAAUAAUAUUUAAGCGUAUAGGUGUUCCUACUCCAACAGACAUCAUUAAAGCUUCCAGUAAAGAUGCUGUCAGGUUUUUGGAUUCUGUUCCUCCUUCUGCCAUCAACUAUUUCACACAGUCAGCUGAGAAGCUCAUAGAGGAAAAGGGGGCAGUCAGGGCCUUGGCUGCAGCAUUAGCUCACAUCUCUGGGGCUACUUCCAUUGAACAGCGAUCCUUGAUCUCCUCGGAUGUGGGAUACGUGACAAUGACAUUAAAAUGCUCAAUAGAAAUGCACAGCAUUGGCUAUGCUUGGCGAGGACUAAAAGAACAGCUUGGUGAAGAAAUAGAUAAUAAAGUAUUCAGAAUACGUUUUCUCAAGGGAAAGACGGGUGUGUGCUUUGAUGUCCCUGUAGCUGAAUUGAGUCAUAUACAGGAAAAAUGGCAAGAUUCAAGGCGCUGGCAGCUGGCUGUAGCCACUGAGUUACCUGAACUAGAAGAAACACCACGUGAGGCAGGCCAAGGGUUCUCCAAUUUCAAGAAUGGGAGACAAGGCAAUAACUUCUACAGAAAUGAUAGAUUUAAAAUCAGGGGUCAGAAGUGAAGUUUUAAUAAAGCAUUUUGAUCACCAGUUUGAUUCACAUCUUAAUGCAGAUAUGUGACUGAAUGAAAGUAAAAUUAUUGAACAUU